AGGUUACGAUCACUUUGCAUAAUAUAUAGUUUUAGUGUAUUAUUACAACAUUAUCAUAUUAGUACUAUCGAAUGGCACCACGAGUCGAUGCCGAGUAUCAGAAAGAGAUAACAAAAGCACGAGAAGAGCUGAAAAAUCUUCCGAAGGAUAAGUACAGUGCUGCUGAUUUGCUUCGUUUAGCAUACACAUCCCAAUUCUCAAUUGCCAAUUCUCAUCAUGAUGAAGGAACUAUUACUUCUAAUGAUGCUAAACCAAAUACUCAAUCUGCCAAUAAUAAUAUCAAAACUGCAAUUGAAAAUAUCAAGAACAGCCAUCGCACAAUAACGUAUCCUGACCUCUAUCAGCUUGCUGGGGUUGUUGCUCUUGAGAUGCCUGGUGGUCCAAAAAUCGAGUUUGUCCCUGGUAGAGAGGAUUCACCAAUUUCACCAGAUGAAGGGUGCCUUCCUGAUGGCAGUCAAGGUGCAUCAGAUUUAAGAGAUGUCUUUCGCAAAGUGGGAAUCUCUGACAACAGAGACAUAGUAGCAUUAUCUGGAGGCCUCGAAAUGGCCAGAAGAGCAGGUCCUCGCACCGGCGAGACUUUCAAAUUUGACAACUCAUACUUUAAGGAGCUCUUCAAAAAUAAGGAUUCGAGUCAACUUCAGCCCACUGAUGAAGCUCUGGUUAAGGAUCCAAACUUCAUCCGCCUUGUGGGCCUUUAUGCAGAGAAUAAUCAGGCUUUCUUAAAGGACUACGAAGUGGCACACAAGAAGCUCUCUGACCUUGGAUUACCAGAUUCACCAUUUUUGGGAUUGGAAAAAAGCAAGCCAGUUCUGAAUAUGCCGGUGUCACAGAGGGCUGUUGGAGUUGUUGUUGCAGCUGCUGUUGUGAUAUUGAGUGUCUUCUAUCUAAUCAACAAGAGGAGAACUAACAAGUAUUCGUCACAGCAGUUUCAGUAACUUGGUGAACUAGAAAGAUAGUAAACCGGAAACCGAUAAGCAGGAAGAAAAAGGCCGUUCGACUGAAUGGCUCCACGUUUCUUUAAAUAAUAAAUCUUGGGGAAUAUCUCCAUGUUUCAUCAUAACUUAAAUAUGUAAAAUUUACUCAAAUGUACUAGUAGUAAUAAUAUAAAACU